CUCGCAUUGGCCCAUUCGGCAUGACUGGUUGGUUAGGUACAACCGAUUCGUAUGCCAAUGAGAGAAUCUACAGUACUCGCUUACUCUGGUAGUGGUGGAUCAGACAGGUACGUGAGUGAAAAGGAGAGGAGUCAUGCCUGAGGUAACUAGGUACGUUACCUUCCCUACGUGCGUAGGUGCCUGGGUGCCUAAUCCACCAUGGUUCCACAAGGACUGACCUGUGCCGGCCGGUGAGUGCAAUGCGGUGGAAAACUGUUAUGCUGGUAGGUAAGGUAAGGGAAGGUAGAUGUUAUGAUUGAUAUCCUUUUCUUUUCCAUUCUUGUGGUAUAUCAUUUCAUCUGUCUCCCCUUUGAGUUGUACAUAUAUCUAUGUGUAUUGUGCACGAGACAUUCCCUCGCGUUCAGUUUGUGGAGAUACCUAUAUGAAACCAAACCACUGGCGCACUAUUGGAAUGUAAAGAUCAUAAGGAGACAACAGCCUAGAUCUAGACAAAGAAGAUACUCUUCCACUUCCUCUCGAGGACAGUCAGGACAAUCACAUACCAGUACCACUACUGCUGGCAGUGGCAGUCUUAGACACACAUACCAAAAUCCAAGUCCACAACUUCUUCCAACAACCUGAACCAGCUCUUUUUUCGACAUCAUCACAUCCACACCAUUCUCCCCUUGGACAAAGACGACCACGAUUGCCAGAAGGAGAAGUACCAGGACAGCGAGAAGUCCCUGAAGAACUGCAACCCUUUCCUAGUUCUCAUAUAGCCGCCUCCGGGCCAGGCCACGUUACAGGGUAUCCUUAUACUUAUCCUUGGAACACCAACAACAGCAACUACCACAUGAGCAUGUCAUCGUCCACGAGGCCAGAUCCCCAAGAAGACAGAAGAAGCCAGAAAAUCAAAACCCAACCGUCGUCGUCGCUGCAGAGACCAUCACAUUCACCUAGAAAAGGACAGAGGGCACGUCAGGCCUCUGGUACCGGUGGCGAUGAUGAAGGAGAUUCCAGACUUCAAUUCACAACAGGGGAGGCGGCUCAAGCUCAAGCCUUCUUUGUGCAAGUGCACGAAAGGCAAAGGGAAACACCCAGAUCAACAACAACGUCGUCCUCGACGACAAUCGACAGCCGGCGAGUCGGAGUCGGACCUGAAACAAUCGGGGCAGAAACCCAAGAAGCAAAUAUCAUGAGUCAUACCAGUCACAGCCAUACUAGUGCAACCGGCAACACAUCCGUGUCUCCUCCUCGUGGCUCAAAAGAAACGGAAAAUGAAGGGCCUGGGAGAAGCGGAGGCGGAGCUGGAACGGCCACAGGCAGCGGCAGCGGCAGCCCAAGCGGCAGUGGCAGUGGAAGCGGUCCUUCGCGACUCGUUUCUGGAGUGUUUGUGAGAUAUUGAGUCGAAAGAAGCCGAAAGACUGCCGUGCGGUGCGCACCAGAGGUCUUGGUGUUGAGGUGUCCGUCCGCAUCAUGAUACCAAGUGGUGAGCUUGAUCCGAGUCCUCUUUACCUUACCUACAUGUACACAUUGACAAGUGUACUGUACAACAUCUCCGCUUUGAUUCGAUUGUGUCGGAUAUUUUCGGCGCCUAUAACACGGAUAGGCGAUCGAUCUCAUCUCAGUCUUGGCUGGCCAUUACUACACAGCAUGAAAACCGCAUAAAAUAUAAAUGAGAUCACAAAAAAGUCAACAUGAUGAGUCUGACUGACAUUCAACUUGUUGGUGGGGAUGUAUCUUUGAUUCGUAAACUAGUACUUGAAUCUCCCCGCCUCUCGUCUGAUCUUUUGAAAAGCUCCGAAACAUUAUGUACAAAUUGAAAGAAGCACGCAGUUAGCUUCAAAGUCAGCUUGUCGAAGCAAAAAUGGAUCAGGGCGACCUUGUCAACAACACAUGGUAUCGUCUCCUGUGCUCACAUCAUCGGAUCACCUGCAACGGUUCGCAUGGAACGGCUCGCGCCUAGUCUAAUUCUUCGUUUCGGUCAUUUCUAAAAUUUCGGUAAAGGAAACGUCAUGCCAUGUCCUGCCUCAUCUGGUGGGCGGAGGAGGACUCUGACCGCCGUUGUUUUGCAGUGUUCUCUUCAUCUCGGGCAUGCCAGGGACGGGUACUCGAGGAACUUGCUGCUGUUGCUGAUGUUGUUGCUGAGAGGCAUAGGCCUGUUGAGAAAAGGCAUUGCCUGGCACAUAACGACUCCUGCUUGAGCCAGCAUCCUCUUCUUGCUCUUCAGGUCCGGGGCCACUGGUUGAUGCUUGAUAAUAGUUAAGAGGCGCCACAGAAGGCCAUCCUUGCUGCUGCUGCAUCUGCUGAGAACCAGUAGGUCGGAUUGUUGAGUCCUCAAAGUAAUCGACUCGGCUGGGUGCAGACCCGUCAACCUGCUCUGGCGGCGAAGAAUCAGGGACCGUUGGGAUAGUGCGCGAUCCCAUUCGGGUCACGGCACUGUCUGUCAAAGACAAACCAGUAUGUCCCGCUGCCCGACGCCGACCUGUGGUCGAUUCGCGUCGAAGGAUAUUCCGGACUUCCUCGAGCUCGUUCGAACGUUGCUUGCUCAUGGCAACCUCUCGUUCGCGGUCAUGGGUUUCUUCCGGAUCCACGGCAACAUUGCGUCGGAUCAGGUGGUCCACUGCUGCAGCCUCUUUCGUCUCCGCUCCGCUUGAAGAGCCUUGCGCUUCGGUCGAAGGGGACUGAACGUUUUGGGCUUGGGUAUCUGCCUUGUGAUGGGGCAAUAGCGGAACCAGUCUGCUCUUGUCUUUCUCUUCCUCAAAAGCAGCCUUGUUCUUCUUCGCCUCCUCAUCGCUGAUGGCCACCGAGUAUGUUGGGUUUGCGGGAUCGCCAGCAGCAGGAGCACCGCCACCAGGUCCGUAGAUAGGGAUCUUCCGCAAAGCCAGGACCAACGCACACAUGAACUUGCUUCUCCGGGCGGCCCGAACGGCCUCGUUGGCCCAAUUGGACUUGUGCCGGAUUUCGAGCGUCAGCUCCAUCUUGUCCAUCUCAGCCAGGCCAGUAACUUCAAUAUCGAGAUCGGGUUGGUAGUCACGUGCAUUGUCCUUGUCCCUGACAAAGUUGGUCAUUUCCUUCUUCAAGAGAUCGAGAUCCUCAAAAGUAGUAUCGAAGCUGACAUAGAGCUUGAUCCUCUCGCGCAUCGCUUUGCUACGCGAAACGUUGUCGAUCCACUGCGUGUUCAAAACAUUGUUGGGAACUUGAGUUCGUUUCUGAUCUGCGACCCGGCGGAAAACCGUGUACAGAAGUGACAUCCGCUCCACGAUAUACUGAUUGUCUCCAACGUCGACUCGGUCUCCGACAUCGAAUGGGUGCUUGACGAAGAGAAAGAUGCAUGAACCCAGAACCUCCUGAGCCGUGACCGAAAAGACGAAAGACAGCGAAAGCAGUGCGGUACCGGCCGUGGCAAGGGUGGUGGUAAAGUUCUUGUUGAGCCAAGCCACAAAGAUAAAGAUGGUAGCGAUGAAGACGACGGAGCAGAGCAGGUUGUCCAAUACGUGGAUUGCUUGGUCGACAUCGUGCAUGCUGUUGGCAAUGGCCUUGCGCUCCCGGCCGAAUUCCGUAAUUCGUAGAAUCAUCUCUUCGAGGGAGAUGUCACCGUUGCAAUCGACAUCUAGAAUCUCAAAGGCCUCAUGUGCCUCCUCCUCGUGCGAUUCGCCUAGUACGUCGAUGAUGUCUUCCAGGUAAAGCGCUUCUCGACCUUCAAGCACAAAUGACAUCCAUAAGCGUCGGGCAAGUGCUUCGGCCGAAUGCUUCUUCUCCAGAGCUUGGACGACAACGGAAUGCGAAGCAGUGGGAUUGAAGACUUGCUUUCCGGUAAUCUCCUGCGCCACGUUGCCGAAAGCUGAGGUGACCUUAUCGCCUAUUCGCGCAACAUUCUGAAUGAGUCUCAUGGGCGUGGCCGAACCCGAUCUCUUGUGACCAUUGAAUAAACUGUUGCGCUUGCUGGUAAGGGCCGCCAGAUCAAGCACAUUGUUGAUCAGGUAAUCCUCCUCGGCGAACUCGCGACAAUACAUCGGGAAGAGCUGUCGAGAGGCGUCAUACAGCAAGGUGACAAGAUAAACGUGACGCUUAGACUCUUUGAUCCUGUCAUAGAACUGCUUGCGGUGGUAGCUGAUGGAAAGCAGUUGGAUGAACAGUUUUUCGCACAGAAGCAGCAGGGUCGAGAAGACGCAUGCAAAGAGGAUGUUCUUGACCACCGACUCCCAAUCUUUCAAACUUGUCUCGCCCCUGGCUCUCUGGUCGGGAUUGAGAGUCAUGAUGGGCACAAAGGUGGUGAGAGAACAGAUCGACCAUCCCACCAGCGACAGAGGUAUUUCGAGAGCUCUCAAGAGGAGCGCAUACUUUCUGGUUCCCGUGCUGACCACUCCUGUGAAAUAUUGGAACAGAUAGGGCAGAAACCGGGCCAACACUUUCGAUGCCCAUAGCGAUAUCCAGACGACCUCAAUCCAGCUGAAGAACCAAACAAUUUUGACACCGCCGAUUCUUGCUCCUUCUGCGACCGUGGCGCCGACGACGAUGGGCACUGCAAUGGCGGCAGCAAGGGGUGCCACGUAGAUGAAAUAUCUCGUGACAACGGAGAAGUUGUAGAUUUUUCGGUAGAGUCUGCCAACAGCGUUCAAACCACCCUCGUCCUUGUCAUUGUUCCCUUCCACCUGCUGGUCCCGUCUCCUCCGUCUGCCUGCAGGGCCUCCUCUAAGGAAGUGAUGAGACUGCUUCUCGUCCAUUGGUUCGGGAGUGUCUGAACUCUGUGGUGCUGGUGCAGGUGUAAAGCCAUCCGGCUUGCGGGCGCCAGUACGACUGCCGGAGGUGCCGACCUUGGUCAGCGGGAUGUCGAUGGUAACGUCGUUAGGGUUGGAGGCCAUUUCCCUCGAUGUCUGAUGCCUCAGCGGUUGGAAUCCUUCUCUUGAGAAAUUUCUGUAAUGGCUAUAACUUCUCUGUGACAUUGCAGUCGGGUGAUGUCAGAGAGGGUCAGGGCGACGCGGAACAGACUGUGUGGGUAGUGAAGCCCCAAAUAAAUAAUCGGGCCCUGUGCACAACUCGGUCUACGGGUAACUGGAGAUGUCUCCCUGCGUUCCCACAAGAUCCUCUGCCGGAGAGGAGUGUGCUUACGUGGAGGGCAAAUAGAUUCCGCGGAGGAUUGCCCCGAGUCACACCAGGUAGUCCUGUGCAAUAUCUCUCACAAUGGACUUUGUGAGUUGCGGUGUGACAAAGGGCUCAACGAACGUGGUUAGAUGGAUCAGUGAAGCGUGGUAUUGGAAAAAAGGCGGGCAAAAGAAAACAAGCGAGAGACUGUGAAUAAUUGAGGACAAAGCAGGAAUACUGAACUCGAAGUGAAAUUGAAAGACAAGCGGAUGAUGAGGAAUACUAGUACUGUUUGUGUGAGCUGUCGUGAGCGUGAUUCAAGAAGCAUCUAUGCAGAUGAGGUUCCUAAGGAUUUUCUUAUGCAUGCAACAUGCCCCGAGCCUCCAAUCACGCCCCCAGUCC